UCUCUCUCUCUCUCGCCUCUCUUACACUUCUCCUCAGACGGAAGAGAAAACCAAAAAAAAAAUAUAUAUAAACCCCCCAGCCCCUGAAAAAUAAAUUCUCAUUCACAUUUUCAAAAAAUAUAUCGAUUUCCAUUUAUAGAGCACGAGAAACCCUACUCGAAUCACUCACGAACCCUAACCCCGUCUUAUUCGACCAUUUGUUUGUCCGGCAAUGGCGGCGGCGGCGGUGUCGUCUCAGGUGGCUCAACCCGUUGUUCCGGUGACGCAACAAUCUCCGGUGUCGGCUCCGGCUCCGGUGGGGUUCGGGAACGUGUCGCUGUACGUGGGCGAUCUGGACCCGACUGUGAACGAAGCGCAACUUUACGAUCUGUUCAACCAAGUGGCUCAGGUUGCUUCCCUCCGGGUUUGUAGGGAUCAGACCCGAAUGCACUCGCUUGGCUAUGCCUAUGUCAAUUACGCCACUCCACAGGAUGCUGCUAAUGCCAAGGAGCUUUUAAAUUUUGCUCCUAUAAAUGGGAAACCCAUUAGGAUCAUGUACUCUCAUCGCGAUCCCAGCAUUCGGAAGAGCGGAUAUGCAAAUUUAUUUAUCAAGAACCUGGAAAAAUCUAUUGAUAACAAGGCAUUGUUGGACACUUUUUCUGCCUUUGGGACCGUACUCUCUUGCAAGGUUGCAGCUGAUGCCAGUGGUCAAUCAAAAGGAUAUGGUUUCGUACAGUAUGACAAUGAGGAAUCUGCAAAUAAUGCAAUCAACAAGCUGAAUGGCAUGCUGAUAAAUGAGAAACAGGUUUCCGUUGGACCUUAUGUUCGACGCCAGAGGUCAAAUUCAUUUCAAAAUAUUUAUGUGAAAAAUUUGUCAGAGACAACUACAGAUGAAGACCUUAAGAAACUUUUUGGAAAAUCUGGUAACAUCACUAGUGCUGCAGUUAUGAGGGAUAAUGGAAAGUCUAGAUGCUUUGGCUUUGUUAACUUCGAAAACGCUAAAGACGCUGUUGCUGCAAUUGAUGAGUUUAAUGGGACAACUUUUAAUGAUAAGGUUUUGUUUGUUGGGAAGGCUCAAAAGAAGAUAGAGAGGCAGGCAGAGUUAAGAGCGAAGUUUGAACAGGAAAGAAUCAGCAGAUUUGAGAAGCUACAAGGUGCUAAUUUAUAUCUGAAAAAUCUUGAUGACACCAUAAAUGAUGACAAACUAAAGGAGCUAUUCUCUGAAUUUGGAACAAUAACAUCAUGCAAGGUCAUGCUUGAUCAUCAAGGAAUGAGCAAGGGAUCUGGAUUUGUUGCCUUUUCUACCCCAGAGGAAGCUAACAAAGCUUUGAAUGAAAUGAAUGGGAAGAUGAUUGGACGGAAGCCUCUAUACGUUGCUGUGGCCCAGCGGAAAGAAGAGAGGAAGGCUCGAUUACAGGCACGUUUUGCCCAAAUCCGAGCACCAAGUGGAAUGACACCUUUGCCGUCGGGAAUUCCUGGAUUUCAUCCUGGGGCACCUAGACUCUCCCCUCAGCAGCUGUAUUUUGGUCAAGGUACUCCUGGCCUUCUACCGCAUCAGCCUGCAGGUUAUGGCUUCCAGCAGCAAAUCUUGCCUGGGAUGCGUCCAGGUGUUGCUCCCAACUUCAUUAUGCCAUAUCACCUUCAGAGGCAAGGUCAACCUGGGCAGCGAUUUGGUGUACGCCGAGGCGGCAACUUCCAACAAGUGCAGCAGCAGCCGCAGUUAAUGCACCGUAACUCCAAUCAAGGCUUGAGAUACAUGGGUAAUGCUCGGAACGGAGUUGAGUCUCCUGUGUCUCCCCAAGGUCUUGUGAGUCCAAUGAUGCCUUUGCCCUUUGACGGUUCAGGUAUGCCUGUGACAUCAAGUGAUAUCCAGCGUUCUGGGCCAGUGCCUAUGUCAACACUUGCUUCUGCUUUAGCUUCUGCUACUCCCGAGAAUCAGCGUUUGAUGCUGGGAGAGCAGCUAUAUCCACUUGUUGAGCGUAUUGAGCCAGAACUCACAGCUAAGGUGACUGGGAUGUUGCUGGAGAUGGACCAGACAGAAGUUCUCCAUCUGAUCGAGUCUCCAGAUGCUCUCAAGGAUAAGGUAGCUGAGGCGAUGGAUGUCCUUCAUAAAGCUACAUCAAAGACUGAUGUCACCGAUCAGCUUGGUGCAUUGGAUCUGAAUUAGUCAGUACUCAUUCAUCUCUUUUUUUCGAAAAUUAUUUGGUCCGGCCCUCUUUUUCACCGGCCUAUACUAGUUAUUGCUGGUGGGAUUUUUUUUUCUCUUGGAUGAUAAUCGGAGGGUAUUCAAAGACCUAAGAAUGCUAGGAUCUUUUGCCAGUAUCUUAACUAGUUAUCAGUUCGCGGAUUAGUUCUUAUUCUUUUUCAUAUUUUGCUGUACUUGGACAAAACCAUGUUCAGCGUCUUAAAUAAAA